AUGAAAAGUAUAUCUCUUUUCAACUCUCUGUCAAUUCAUUUUGUAGACGAAGAAAUAAAUGAACAUACUGAAGUAAUGAACGAUCAAGAAUUCGAAAAGAGAACACCAGUAGAAGAACAUUUUGAAUGGUCUGCAGAGUCGAUAUCUUCAACCGAAGAAACUUACUAUGAAAAAUGUCAACACUACUAUAAUAUAACACAUACACCACUCAUAUCUGUAUCUGACAACAUUUUUGACGACAAUACUGAAUUAACAUCAGCAUCAUUAGUGUUUACUAUUGAUGAAGAUUCGAAGGAGUUUGAUGCAAAAACGUUUUUCAAAAAAAUUUGCGAUCUCUUCAAUAUUAAUGAUAUUGUUGUUAGUAAAAUGCAGCAAGGUUGUAUUAAAAUAGUGUUUGAUUUUGUUAAAAACCUUGGUUCUGAACCCAUAAUAAUUCAAGUCAAGGCUCUAUAUUAUGCACUUACCGAUAAAAUCAAAGAAGAAUUAGCUAAGUUAAAAGUUUUCUUCAUGUUUAUGGGUGAUCUUAAAUCAUUAGAUAGUAAGCAAACGUUUCGCUUUGACAUGACUCUAUAUCCAAAAUUUAAUCAUUUAUAUUUCCCAAAUCAAACAUUUUGGACUGGUAUCACUCCGGAUGGAUUGGAUCGGGGUAAUCAGGCAUAUUAUUGUCCUACUGGAUGGAAAAGAUAUUCGUUUUAUGUUACGGAAGAUUUUUAUACAAAGUUUAAAGGAUGGUGUAUAUGUUAUCAUGGUACGAAAUUUUCUCAUGGUCUCUCGAUUUUAUUGAGUGGAUUAGCACCAGCAAAUAUAGCAGUAUAUGGUCCAGGAAUAUAUGCAACUCCAUCAAUUACUUAUGCGUGUCAUCCAAGAUAUUCUGAAGUGAAAAAAAUAGAAUCUUCACAUGAAAGAGCAUUUUUCAAAAAUGGAAAUUAUAUCCAAUUUGUAUUGCAAUGUCGUGUUCAUCCAAAAGAUAUGAUAAAAAUUGAUUAUGAAACAUUGAAGGCUUCUGGCUCUAAAAUUGAUUCCAACAUAGAUAACAGCGUUAUCGAAUGGGUUAUCAAUGCACAAGGAAAACCUUUAAUGGAUUUUAAUGAUCCAAAGUCUACUAUUAUUUGUACAGGUAUAAUGGUACGCAUUACAGACAAUCAUCCUGGCUUAUUAUCUGAGUCACAAUGGUGGUAUGAAUCACAUUUAUGUAAUAAGAAGACAUGUUGUCUUGUGGGUAUGGAGCUUGAUGAGUUGAAAAGACAAAAAGAGAAUGGUGUUGAAUGUAACAUUAUCGUUGAUUAA